GCAGCAGGAGAUUGUGUCUCAAAGCCCGAAGUAUAAUUAAUCUGAAGUAGUCAGACAUGAAAGGCUUCUCAUUUUUCCAUUUUUUUCUCUUCCUCAUCUUCCUUGCCUCCUCUACUGGGGGUAGUAGAGCUGGUGACGGUGGUGAGCUGCAGGCACAGAGUGAAGAUGGGAUUUACAUUGUGUACAUGGGUGCUGCUACCACCCCCAAUGGUUCCCCUAGGCUUGACCAUCUUCAUCUUCUCAACUAUGUCUCAAGCAGGAGAAAAAAUGCUGUGGUACACAAUUAUAAAAAUGGUUUCUCAGGCUUUGCCGCUCGUUUGUCAAAAGCAGAAGUCCAUUUUAUUACUGAACAGCCAGGAGUUGUAUCAGUGUUUCCUGAUCCACUCUUGCAACUCUACACAACUCGUUCAUGGGAUUUCCUUAAUCUCAAUAAUGAAGGUGUUCCAAAAACCAAUUUUAACUUUGGUCCUAGCUCAACUAAGUCAGAAACGCUUGGAUCAGACACAAUUAUCGGCAUUUUGGAUACAGGUAUUUGGCCAGAAUCACAGAGCUUUAAUGACGAGGGUAUGAAUUCAAUCCCAUCAAGAUGGAAAGGAAUUUGCAUGAAGGGGACUCGCUUUAGUUCCUCCAACUGUAAUAAAAAACUUAUCGGGGCAAGAUAUUAUGACCACGAGGAUGAGGCGACACCAAGAGACUUUAUGGGGCAUGGCACGCACGUCGCUUCAACGGCGGCAGGGAGGAUGGUUCCCAAUGUAUCAUACUAUGGCCUAGGAAUGGGAACUGCCAAAGGUGGGUCACCCAUGUCGAGGAUCGCCGUGUAUAAGGUAUGUUCAUCGGGCGGAGGUUGUACUGGGUCCAGUAUUUUGGCAGCAUUCGAUGACGCCAUUGCCGAUGGUGUUGAUGUGUUGUCGCUAUCGCUUGGUGCAUCAGCAUUUCAGAACUUUCCUUUAUCAGAUGACCCAAUUGCUAUUGGAGCAUUCCAUGCAGUUGAGAAAGGGAUUACUGUAGUAUGUGCAUCAGGAAAUGAUGGGCCUGCUGCUCAAAGUGUUGUCAAUGAUGCUCCAUGGAUCUUCACUGUUGCAGCUACCACUAUUGAUCGAGGUUUUGAAACUGAUGUUGAAUUAGGGGGGCAACAAGUUUUUAAGGGUGAAGGGAUUCAUUUUGCCAAAAUUAAUAAAAACAUUUUGUAUCCAUUGGUUUAUGCUAAAUCAGCCAAGGGAAAGUCUAGCAAUGAAGAUGAAGCCAGAAACUGCAACAUGGAUUCACUAGAUGGAAAGAAAAUAAAGGGAAAAAUAGUUCUAUGUGACAACGACGACACUACUUACUCUGUGAAAGAAAAGCUCAAUGAAGUUAAGGGGCAUGGAGCUAUAGGGUUGGUUUUGGCAUAUGAUCAACCACUACAAACAUAUACUUUGCUUUCUAAUUCUUUUCCAAUGACUACAGUCACUUCAAAGGACGCUGCUAAGAUACUCUCUUAUAUCACUUCAACUAGAAAUCCAGUGGCAAAAAUUCUACCGACUACGACAGUGAUAAAAUACAAGCCAGCGCCUGCCAUCCCUGAUUUCUCAUCAAGAGGUCCUUCAUCUACCAUAACAAACCUUCUAAAGCCUGAUAUUGCAGCACCGGGGGUGAACAUUUUGGCAGCAUGGAUAGGCAAUGACACGUCAAAAGCUCCGAGAGGGAAAUACCCCCCACCCUUUAGUAUGGAUUCAGGAACAUCAAUGUCUUGUCCACAUGUUUCAGGGAUUGCUGCCACAAUCAAAUCUCAACACCCCAUAUGGACUCCAUCGGCAAUUCGAUCAGCCGUCAUGACUACUGCAACUCAAACAAACAAUUUGAGGGCUCAAAUAACGAAUCAUUUAGGUAUGGUAGCCACACCUUAUGAUUAUGGUGCCGGGGAGGUAAGCCCAGUGGGAUCAUUACAGCCAGGGUUGGUCUUUGAGACGAACACCAUGGAUUACUUGCAGUUUCUUUGUUACUAUGGGUAUGAUUUAUCCAAAAUUGAAUUGAUUGCAUCAAAUCUGCCAAAUGGAUUUGCUUGUCCUACGAACUCAAAUACUGAUUUAAUCUCCAACAUCAACUACCCAUCAAUAGCCAUCUUCAAAUUUGGUGGGGAGAAGAGCAAGACCGUGAGUAGAACUGUUACUAAUGUUGGGGAAGAUGAUGAAACAAUUUACAUAGCAAAGGUGGAAGCAUCUGCUACAUUGAAUGUUGAACUACUGCCCAAUAAAUUGCAAUUUAGGAAGAGUGAAAAAAAGCUAAGUUACCAAGUGACUUUCUCAUCCUCAAAAUCUUCCUCAUUCAAAGGAGAAGUAUUUGGUUCUAUAACAUGGAGUAAUGGAAAGUAUAAAGUCCGAAGUCCAUUUAUUGUUAGCGCAUAGCCUUGGGGCUAUUGCAGAUGGCUAUGGUAACUAAGGGCAAGAUCAAUAAAAUUUCCUUAUAUUUUUCUUA